AUGCCAAGCAAGAAGACCAUGUUCACUUUCGUUCACGAAACCACCGCACCAAUCUCCCAUUCAAGUAGUCUCUCAACAACCUUCUUCUCAAGAUUCCCACCCGAAAUCGCUUCCGUCAUCUUCUCUUAUAUGGAUCAUCAACCUCCUCCAGAUAAACUCAACCUAAUCCUCACCUCUCGAACUAUGUAUUCACGCUUUCUCCCUUCAUUGUACAGACGACUUUGUCUGCGUAGAGGGAAUGUAGGGAGGAUUUUGGAUUCCAAGUUUCAGCCUAAACUAUCUCAUCAGCUCACUGCUUUUCAUGGGCAUUCCAGAAGAACAAAAAUAGGUCACGGUCGAUUAAACUCCAGGAAAGAUGAUGUGAGUAGCAGUGACGAAGAUCAUGAUCAGUCUGUUUCAGAGAGUAGAACUGUAGAAGAGGUAGAUUUACGAACCGGAGCUAUUGGAAAACUCAAGCGCAAAUUCGAUAAGUUGAAACAUGUCAAUUCACUCAUUGUAGUCGAUUGGAAAGCUGCAAAAUCGAUUGCAUCGUAUAUCACCCUAUUUAACGAAGUAUGCGAGAAGUUUCCCGAGCAGAAAGGAGACAACAGAAAGCAUGAGAAGGUGGAUGGGGAUCUUGUAGACGAAGAAGACAAGGACAAACUUUAUCCGAGGGACAAGAACACUCUUUUCCCAAACCUUCAAACUUUAUCUUAUGGAAUAUCAUUUCUUCAAAGCAAUGAAUUUUAUCCAUCGUGUACCUGUGAUUCGAUACCCCCUUCUAACGACGUGCUAGAAGCCCUCUCAACACUUACUCCAAAACACAUAUGUGCGAAUUGGUAUCCUUCGAUCAAACAUCAUCAUGACGAUCCAGGUCUAGAAGAUAACAUGAACAACCUUAUUGGUGAUAGGGACCUCGAAUCAUUCACUUGGCAUGGAAUUCGUUCUUCAACCUCUUUACCUGAUUUCGCGGGUCGAUCUUCCGUUACCCGGGUCUUCUGUAGUGAUUGUGGUGAAGAAGAUGUGGAGGAGGAAAUCGAUGUUAGCGGCGAAAGUUACUAUGGAUUAGGAUGUAGAUGUAAGGCAAGACUCAAAGAAGCUUCAUUACUAGCAAGAGUAGUGUACGGUAUGCGCAACGAUAUGGCCCAAGUGGAAGUCAUUAAUCUGACUUGUCUAGGGGAUAUAGGAAAGGAAAGGAUCGAGAUUGAUGGGAGAUUAUUGGAUGUAGGAGAGACUAAGCAGCAGAUCGUUCAAGUCUAUAAAGGUGGACAGAAAACGAAGUACGAAUUGAACAUAUGGGUCACAAGUAAAGAACAAGCGAGACCUUGUAUCUGUUGUGGGGAGAUGUAA